AUGUUCUUAUUAAUUAACAUAAGCAAGAAAGCUUUUCUUUAUUAAAUAUUGAAUUAAUUAAAAUAUAAAGAUAAUUAUUUAGGUAAUUAAUAACAAUGGCUUUAAGAAGAAUUUUAGCAAAUUAAGCUAAGCUUAAUUAAAAGUUAGCUUAAACUAAUAGAAAUUAUCAUUAUGAUUUUUGCGGAAGAGCCUAUAUGGGUAAUCCUGCUGUUUAAAGCCCUCCUAAGGAAUUUUUCAAUUAUCAUUAUGUUCCUGAUAAUUACCCUGAUGCUCUUUCAGGUUUUAGAAUUGCUUAUAGAGAUCCUUUUGAAGUUUAACACGUUUUCGCAUACGAAAAUUGGGAAUAUCAAUAUGAUGGAUAAUGGUGGAGCAUGGGUUCAUUGGCUUGUAAUGUUUUAUUCUUCUGCACACCUCUUUUCUUAUACCUUAUUCUAUAAGUUGAAGAAUUAAACUCUGAAAAGAGAGGAGGAACUUCAAACAAAUUUUAUCACAACAAUGCUGGUUUCUUCCACUUCUAAAUCUAUGACAAUAAGCAAUGAUAAUUAAGUUAUUAGCAAAUAUAAUUAACAAAUACUAUUAUAGUUUGAUUUCAAUUAAUUGCAUUUGUUAGUAGCUUGCAUUUAUUUUCAUUAAGAUCUUUCAAUGACUCACUCUUAUUGA